CUCCACUCAGAGAUAACAGUUAUUUGUUGACAUGGCAGUGAAAUGCAUUCUGGGCCUUGUGGUCCUGAUGGCUGUCUCAGCUUGGGCUGAGGAGGAGGCUUUGACCACUUCAGAGCUGAUCGAGAGAGCCAACAGGGACGUUGUGCGUUCUCCUGACGAACCGUACGUGGAGGACGAUGUUGCUUAUGAUUCUGAGGCUGAGAGAAAUGCUGACCCCUGCGUUUCUUACGGCUGCAUGUGGCCCAAGUCCUCUGAUGGGAAGGUCUACAUAGCCUAUGUCAUUUCCAGAGUGUACUCCCCACGUGAGGUGUCCAUCAUCGAGCGUGGUCUGCAGUCCUUCCACAGUGUCUCUUGUCUCCGCUUUGUCAAACGCUCCAACCAGAGAGACUUCCUGAACAUCCAGUCCCUUAAUGGGUGCUACUCCUACAUUGGUCGCCGUAACAACGGACAGAAUCUGUCCCUGCAGCGUUCAGGCUGUGUUUACCACCACACCGUCCAGCACGAGGUGCUCCACGCACUGGGCUUCCAUCACGAGCAGAAACGCUCUGAUCGUGACCAGUACAUCCGCGUGGUGCUGGAGAACGUUAUUUCUGGAAUGGAGCACAACUUUGACAAAGUCAACACCCUAAACCAGGGAACCGCCUAUGACUACGGCUCUGUUAUGCAUUACAGCAAGUAUGCUUUCUCUAAGAACAACCAGCCCACCCUGGUGGCCAUCCCUGACCCCAAUGUUCAGUUUGGCGUGGCCUCUGAGAUGAGCCAGAUGGACAUCUUCAGACUCAACAGGCUGUACAACUGCUGAACAGCUUUCAGAUGAAUGAUGAUGAAGAAAUAUACGAAGAAAUACUACAAAGGAUGAGAAUUACCGUCACUGUCUUCAUUUUUUUCAAUCACUGCCUCAACUACAAAAUCUGUUUUAAUCAACAUCAAUAAAUUUGCAUUUAAA